CUCAAUUCAGAUCUUUGUAUAUAGAAAAGAUUAGGUUAGGGUUUCGUUUAUUUUCUUUCCCCAAAUACUACAUAAAAAAUCCGACCCGACCAACAUGGCGUCAUACGACGAGAAGAAGACGAAGAAGACGUAUUUUAGGAAUAGGAUCGAUGGGGGGCGGCGAAUAGAGCUGGAGGAGAAACAUACGACGGAGUCUUCUCUUCUGAGGAUUUUCUUCAAGCGAUAUCCGGGCGUGUUACCUAUCAAAAUCGAAACCAGCAUCCUUGAAAAGGUUCUCGAUUUCUGCGAGCGACGUGGGCAGAUCAAAAAACUGUAUGCCGUUCAUGAUGAAAACCUCCUCCAACAAGAGUUGAACCAUUUCGAUUCCAAUUUCCGCAAACAGUACCAGAAUCAAGAUGAUGCUAUUGCUCUUGUUAAAGCUGCUGCCAGGUUGGACAUAAAAAGCCUGUAUGACGUGUUGUUUGAAGAUGUUGUUGACAUGAUCGAUAAAAAGACUGCUCAAGAAAUUGACAACAUCUUCACCAUACGUUAUAAUGGUGAUGAUCAUCGGCUUAGAAUCAUGGAACACGUUCUGGACACUAUAUUACCGGAUUGGGCUUGGAAAGAAGUCGUGUAGCUACCCCUCCUUCUCAAGUAUUUAUAGUGCUCCGUCUAUAUCUUUAAUGACUUGUCUAGACUCUUGUUGUGAUGAUGGUGACACUAAUCACAUACAACCCACCCUUUUUAAUGUUGGAUUUCUUUACUGUAUUACCUAGCACAAGCUGCUUCUGUACUGUGUUUUAGUGUUUUGUCAAUCUUAUCAUCUUAAACCUAUUACACAUUUUGGUCUUCUAUGUGCAACUGCAAUUUAUUCACAA